GUUGGAGCGCUUCUGGCCCCAGUGUGUCGCUGCUGCGGAGUAAACAGGCUCGGAUUCCACUCGGCAGGCAGCGGCAGGGGCUCAGGGCUGCAGCCCAUUCACGGGUAACUUCAUGCUCCUAAAAUGGGGCAUAAAGUGGUCGUAUUCGACAUUUCUGUCAUCAGAGCCUUGUGGGAAACUCGUGUCAAGAAGCACAAAGCCUGGCAGAAGCAGGAGGCAGAAAGGCUCGAGAAAAGCGCAUUGGAAAAGAUAAAGGAGGAGUGGAACUUCGUGGCCGAGUGCAGAAGGAAGGGCAUACCCCAGGCUGCGUACUGCAAGAAUGGCUUCAUAGACACCAGCGUGAGGCUUCUAGAAAAGAUUGAAAGGAACUCCCUCGCAAGGCAGAGUGCAAUUUCCAAGGAGAGAGACAAACGGAGCAGUGAGUUUGUGUUUGAACUUACGGGGGAGCACUGGAAGGAGCUCCCGGAUUCCUUGAAGGAGCAGACGCACCUGAAAGAAUGGCACAUAAGCAACACCCUGAUUCAGCUCGUUCCUAAGUAUAUCGAGCUGUUUCAAGCCAUGAGGAUUCUGGAUCUGCCAAAAAAUCAAAUCUCCUGUCUUCCAGCUGAAAUUGGUCGUUUGAAGAACCUGAAGGAACUCAAUGUGCAUUUCAACCAUCUGAAGAGUAUUCCUCCAGAACUGGGAGACUGUGAAAAUCUAGAGAAACUGGAUUGUUCUGGAAAUCUAGAAUUAACUGAGCUCCCCUUUGAAUUAAGUAAUUUGAAGCAAGUUUCAUUCGUAGAUAUCUCAGCAAACAAGUUUUCCAGUGUCCCGAUCUGUGUCCUGCGGAUGUCUAAUUUGCAGUGGUUGGAUAUCAGCAACAAUAACCUGAGUGACCUGCCACAAGACAUAGACAGGCUACGAGAACUGCAGACCUUUCUCCUGUAUAAGAACAAGCUGACCUAUCUUCCCUUUGCCUUGCUUAACUUAAAGAAGCUCACCUUGUUAGUCGUCAGCGGGGACCACUUGGUGGAGCUCCCGACAGCCCUUAGUGACUCAUCCACACCUUUAAAAUUUGUAAGUCUUAUAGACAAUCCUAUUGAGAAUACCCAGUGUCAAGAUGAAACGAUGGAAAGUGAACAAGAUCGCCAACAUUUUGAUAAAGAAUUUCUGAAAGCCUAUAUUGAAGAUCUUAAAGAAAGAGAAUCUGUUCCCAGCUGUGCCACUAAAGUAUCUUUCAGCCUUCAGCUUUGAUGCCAUCCAUCAGAAGACUACAGAAUUUUCCUGACUUGUGGAGCUGUAAAUCUUCCUGUUGUGGGUCAUGUCAUAGAGGAAUAAUGGCUUGUGCUUAAAGACAAAGUCUAGAAACCAUGGUCAUAGUUGUUAGGAAAGAUGAUUUUCAAAUUUCAAAUAUGUGAGUACCUCUCUCUGUGGACUGGAGAAUUGAUAAAUGGGUUUAUAUAUUGAUAUUGAAAGGUUCAUUUGCAUACACUUGUUUCCAAAUAAUGCACAUUUAAUAUUUUAGAAAAUGUGUUAUAUUUUUUUAAAAUUAUCACUUAAAGACCAAAUUU